GCGGCAUGCCGACGCGGGCGGCGACCACUCGACGAGUGUUGGGUUACAUAGUAUAAACAGAAGAUACACACAUAUCGCGGUGCUUCACUUUCCGUUUGGACUAUGGCACCGCCAAUACAGAAGUGUACAAAGUAUAAACAAAAGAUAAUCAGAUGGAGAACGACUUGUCGAGACAACAUUUGUUUGCCAAUAAGGACUCAUUAUUGUUUGAACUCAUUUUCCGCAUGCAAUAAAACUAAAAUAUCAGGCUUUUGCACAAACUCUACAUGUACAAAUAUUAUAAAAGGAUUGAAAUACAUAAUUCAUCACAAUGGUUCUGCUGGUAUCAACAGUAUUGAUGCAUAUUUCAAUAUAGGGAAUGCUUCUCGUGCUUUUUACCAAUAUUACGAAGUUCAUUUUGAUUGGAGCAACACGAAUAAAUCAAAAGUCUUUAUUCGUAGUGGAAAUCCUGGCUAUGUAAUAGGCAAACCAAUUAUUAUUGGAUUAUCUCGCAUGAAUGAAAGUAACGAAAUUCUUUUUAAUAAGAGUAACGCGUUUCUCACAUUGCCAUUGGCUAGAAGAAAUGGAGAAUGUAGUAAACAUAUUGUUGCCUUCGGUGAAGAUAUUAAGUUAAGAUGUUUUGUUAAGUUAUUUACUAAAAAUUUCACCACGUCAUCUUGCACAAAGUUACAAAAUAUGACAUUGCAUCUCUUGAUGAAAGAUUCCUUGCUAAAUGCGAGUCAGCAUUAUAGUGUUUAUGUUUCUAAAUUAGGCAACGUUACCACCAAAUAUAUGGACUGGUUGCGUAUUACAUUCGAUAAUAUACCACAAAAUGUUGUAACUGCGCAUAUACUCGGAAAACAAAUUUCAUGUUCAGGAUUAGUUACAUCUGUACACUUAGAUGUCCUUUAUUCUAUAUUGCCAAAAACAAAAACUUUAAUGAAUUAUAAAAUAUUGGGAGUCGGCGUAAUGUUUGGUAAAGAAAAGGAUAUUACCUGGCCAAAAUGUACAACAAAAAAUUGCACAAACAUCCUUCACGUUGACAUACUUUCCUAUGUCAAUUUUCAUGACGUUACAAAACCAUCUAAAAAUUAUUUUGUCGGUGGACCAAAUGUAGAUAUUACAUUGCCUUAUGAUUUUUUCUAUCCUUUUUUAAAUAGCUCGAAACAAAUAGAGAUAUUAAAUAUAUUGAUCUUAAUUUUAAGUAUAACAUUAUAUAAUAUAUAG